AUGAGAUACCCUCUGAAAUUGCCGCGGCCGUUGAUACCUCUCAGCCCGUGUCUGAGGGCUGCACGACAACCCCCAGCGGCAGCUCCUCAACUAGAUCGCAGUUUCUUCACAGAGUCAAAGCGUCAAAGAAGAAGGCCGCGCACGAGCUUACCCGCAACUGUCCUUGCUUUGGGGCUCUUCACUUGGUGGCUGUAUCCGACAGAGGACUUUGCUCGCCUGUCCGAGAGCCAAAGAACAAAGAAGAGAAGAGAUGAAGAGAAAGAGACAGACUCUCACGAGUCCUACCAACUCGUGACUGAGAAAUCUGACGAGGGCGCGUGGGCUUACUUUGCGCGGCAAUUCGAGUUCCUUUCGGCCACGGCUGAACUCGAAUGGGCUGCUCUGUCUGACAAGCUGGUUGAUGCCAUUAUUCCGGACUGGUGGAAAAACAUACCCGGCUAUGUGAGAAAGCUUCAACGGGAGCUAUCGGUAUCUCCAGGAUCGCUGGCGGAGGAGAUAUGGCAGGAGGCUCACGACCCUUUGGUCAACCCCGAGAUCCGGUACUCUGCUAAUGUCCGAGUCUCUUCGGAACUAUGUGCGGAAGAAAAGGAUUACCUGUUGAGACGGAAACUUGUCACUAGAGCGGCCUUGGCCAACUAUCUCGGACUUAAAGAAAAGGAUAUCAAUCCCGAUGAUGUGCCAACCAUUGCCAUGUGCGGAUCGGGAGGGGGGAUGCGGGCCCUGAUAGCAGGGAGUGGAUCUAUGUUUGCGACAGAUGAGGACGGACUCUUCGACUGUGUUACGUAUACGGCUGGUGUGAGUGGUUCGUGCUGGCUUCAGUUGCUCUACCUUUCUUCAUUCUCAAAAGGCAGUGUUGGCUCUCUUAUACAACACUUGAAAGCAAGAGCAUCAACACACAUAGCAUAUCCGCCGGUUGCUUUUCAAUCCCUCACUUCUUUGCCGACAAGCAAGUAUUUGCUAAGCGGACUGGUGGAAAAGCUAAAGGGAGAUGCACAUGCCGACUUUGGUCUCGUCGAUAUAUACGGGCUUCUCCUGGGUGCUAGAUACUUGAUUCCAAGGGGCGAACUUGGCGUUGAUGCUCGAGAUUUUAAGCUAUCGAACCAGCGAGUCUACCUGCGGCAUGGGCAGCGCCCAUUACCCAUAUACACAGCUGUUCGCCAUGAAAUCCCCGCUGAAGAAUCUCAGGAUUCCCAAAAGGAGGACACCCCAAUGAGCACGGUGGAAGAGAUGAAGAAAGAACCUUACUUUCAGUGGUUCGAGAUCACCCCCUAUGAGUUCUUUUGCGAGGAGUUUUCUGCUGGAAUACCAACAUGGGCCCUCGGUAGACGCUUUUCUGAUGGACGUGAUGUGUCUGACCGUGGAUUCCACCUACCAGAAAUAAGGACCCCUCUCCUGAUGGGCAUCUUUGGAAGCGCAUUCUGCGCAACACUCAGCCAUUAUUAUCGCGAGAUUAGACCUCUUCUUAGAACGAUCACGGGCUUCCAGACGAUAGAUGAAUUGGUGUCAGGUCGAAACGAAGAUUUGAGCAAAGUACACCCUAUAGAUCCCGCCAUUAUCCCCAACUUCGCCUAUCAGAUGUACGGGAAGCUGCCUAGCACGACACCCAAGAGCAUUUUGGACGGAGAGUAUAUCCAGCUCAUGGAUGCGGGAAUGUCAAACAACUUGCCCAUCUACCCACUGCUCCGGCCUGGACGAAAUGUCGACAUUCUCAUUGCCUUUGAUGCCUCAGCCGACAUUAAGACGGAUAAUUGGCUUUCUGUCGCGGAUGGCUAUGCGCGACAGCGAGGAGUUAAGGGAUGGCCGGUAGGCAUCGGCUGGCCAAAACUCGACGAGACUCCUGAGCAGGCAAGAAAAGAGCUCGAAGAAGCUCAGGCUACGACCCCAGCCGAGGCAGAACGCAGGGUGGAAAAAGCUCAGGCUAACCAAGAGGACCUUCGAAAGGCCGCCGCAAAGCGCGAAGACACCAAACAAGCAAAGCCUGACGAAGAAUCCAAGUUCAAGCCCGGUAGUGAGAAGGCUGGAGAACUCGGCUACUGCUCUGUAUGGGUAGGGACAACAGAGGAGCGAUCUACAGACUCCCCGCCAAUUACAAAACCCAUCACAGACGACACCUCGUGGAAGUUGAUGGAGCCUAAUGCAGGUCUCACAGUCGUCUACCUCCCGCUUCUUUCCAAUGAAAAGGUUCCCGGCAUCUCUCCCGGCACUACGGACUAUCUGAGCACCUGGAACUUUGUCUACACGCCGGAUCAGAUAGACAGCGUUGUUAAGCUUGCGCGUGCCAACUAUGACGAAGGCAAGGAUCAGAUCAGGGCCACGGUACGUGCCGUCUACGAGCGCAAGAAGCAAUUGCGUGAGCAGGACGAAGCCCAGCGCCGGCUUGACAGCUACACUGCCAUGGCGCAAAAGGGAGAGGCCGCUCUUCUUCACCACGGAGACCAGUUCAGCUAG